AUGUCUGGGAAAUCUAUUGUACGUGUUACAUCUCAUCGAGCUGAUAAUAACAAAUUAUAUUAUCGUAUUCAAUGUAAUGAUAAUACAUUUCUCUGGGUUACUCCAAACUCCAUAAAUGAUGAAACAAAUAAAUUAUUUGUAAGAUACUUUUAUAAUGACGAUCAUGAACUCAAAGAUAUAGUAACUCAGACAGAUCCCGUUGAUGAUGAUUUAUUUUUAAAUCGAGAAGACAAAGAUAAACCAGAAUUAGUUGACAUUUUUAAUGACUUCCCUGAAUUUGAAGAGCAAGAACAUCAUGCAACGAACUACAUUGUUGUAAAUUCUGUUACAAAACUUGAUGAAAAGUCAGAAUACAUGUGUUAUUAUCAUUAUCUUGGUGAAACAACUAUGAUGUCAUGCACUCUUACAAGAGCUAAGAAUAUAUUCCCAAGGGAGCUUGCAACUUUUCUUCUAACACUUGCAAUACGAAAAUAA